AUGCGUAGAAGAUCGAUAGUGUUGUUGAUUGCUGUAACAGUUGUGGUGCGCCGCUUCUGUCGAUAUACGAAUUCGAUGUUUGAUAGUCAUCGACUUAUUGAGUCGGGAUUUGAGUACACCGGAGAAAACCCUUCAGAAAUUAAUCACGAUGUACUUUAUCGCGAAGGAUUAACAAAUUUGGGCCAUGUUACCUACACCCCACGUCUUAUUCUUCUGGAUCUGAAGGGUAGCUUAAGCCAUUUGCCAUUAAGAGGGGAGUUGUAUGAGAAACCUUCUGAACCUGAGCAAGAUAAUGCUCUUUGGCCCCAUGAUAAAGUUGAACUUAUCAAAGAUCCUCCUGCUGAAAAAAAUGAAUUUCUGAGGCAUCUAGAUUCGCAAACUGACAGUGCAGGAGAUGCAUGUAAUGAGCAAUGUGUGGCUUUGCAGAAAUUUGAAGAUUUGAAUACUAGUGUACAAAAAUGGUCUGAUUUUCUUGUUACUCGAUAUCAUCCUAAUACAGCAAACAUAGUCAAUGAAUAUGAGCAUAAUUCAAGCAUUAAACCUUUCGAUAUAUACAAUUAUGGAGUGAACUUGUGGAAAAAUCAAGAGUUUCAAGAUGAUUUUGUUGAUCGAAUUAGAAGAUUUAUUGAAGAAUGUGAUAACUUUCAGGGAUUCCAUCUGCUCAUGGAUGCCACUGAUGGAUUUUCAGGUGUUGGAGCUGGAAUAAUUCAGUAUUUGGAAGAUGAAUAUGCAAAUAAGUGUGUGCUUGUAUUUCCCUGCAUACCAUCUUCACCAGCAGCAACUCCUAUUGCAGACUGCUUACGUACAAUCAAUUUGUCUCUGCUGUUUCCAAAGCUAGGUGAACAUGCAUCAUUAUUUGUUCCCCUAUGCUUGGGUUCAAAUGGUUGGAGACAACCUGGUCCGCCAAGGGAGUUUUCACAUUUGAAAUAUGAUGCGCCUCAAUGGGUUAGUCAUUUAGGUAAUUUUGAGCCAAAAGACGAUGGACCAGCCAAAACCGGCGCCGGUGAAGAAGGUAAACCACAUCAUCUACGCGAUGAUCAGCAAAACGACGCCGCUCAGUCAUUGUCGGAUUAUGGAAUGAAUAUGGCAUGCUCAGAUGAAAUUUCUCUUAAUAGAAAUAUUCCUGACACUAGAUUGCAGGAAUGUAAACAUUGGGACUAUCCCGAAGAUUUACCCAAAACGAGUGUCAUUAUUGUUUUUCAUAAUGAAGGGUGGAGCACUCUGAUACGAACAGUUCAUAGUGUAAUCAACAGAACUCCUCCCCAGUUCUUGGAAGAAAUUUUGCUUGUAGACGAUUUCAGUGAUAAGGAAAAUUUGAAAAAGAAUCUGGAAACGUAUAUCGCCAGAUUUGAUGGCAAAGUACGAUUAAUAAGAAACAAAGAAAGGGAAGGGCUGAUUCGUACAAGGUCUCGUGGUGCAAAAGAAGCUCGUGGUGAAGUUAUCCUGUUUCUGGAUGCUCAUUGUGAAGUAAAUGUCAACUGGCUUCCACCUCUGUUAGCUCCAAUUUAUCGAGAUCGAACUAUUAUGACUGUACCUGUCAUUGACGGUAUAGAUCAUAAAACUUUUGAGUAUCGCCCAGUAUAUCAAUCUGGUCAUCACUACAGAGGAAUUUUUGAAUGGGGUAUGUUAUACAAAGAAAAUGAACUCCCUUCUCGCGAAGCAAGUAAAAGGAAGCACCAGAGUGAACCGUAUAAAUCUCCAACUCAUGCUGGUGGUUUAUUUGCAAUAGAUCGUGAAUUUUUUCUUUCUCUUGGAGCCUAUGAUCCUGGUCUUCUGGUUUGGGGUGGUGAAAAUUUUGAACUCUCUUUUAAGAUAUGGCAGUGUGGAGGCAGCAUUGAAUGGGUUCCAUGUUCUCGUGUUGGACAUGUCUACAGAGGAUUCAUGCCUUACAACUUUGGUAAAUUGGCUCAGAAGAAAAAGGGACCUUUGAUUACCAUCAAUUAUAAGCGAGUUAUAGAAACUUGGUUUGACCCUAAAUAUAAGAAAUAUUUUUAUACUCGAGAACCCCUAGCUCAAUUUCUGGAUCAUGGAAACAUUACUGAACAGCUAACUCUCAAAGAGAAACUGAAGUGCAAAAGUUUUCAGUGGUACAUGGAAAAUGUAGCUUAUGAUGUGUUUGAUAAAUUCCCAGAACUGCCUGAAAAUUUGGAAUGGGGAGAACUUCGUAAUGUGGCAUCCCAGACAUGCAUGGAUACAAUGGGUCUUGGGCCCCCUAAUUUAAUGGGUAUGUCACCGUGCCAUGGUUUUGGUACAAAUCAGCUGCUACGUUUAAAUGCAAAAGGACAGCUAGGAGUUGGUGAAAGAUGUAUUGAAGGUGAUGCUCAAGGAAUUAAGCUUGUUUUUUGUCGACUUGGCACAGUAGAUGGUCCUUGGCAAUACAAUACAGAAACUCGUACACUUUUCCAUCGUGUUCAUAAGAAGUGUGUGGCUUUGCAUCCUCAGACCUCUCAUCUUCAACUGAUGCCAUGUGAUGUUGUAAACAAUUAUCACCAGUGGAUCUUCAAGAGCACUGUUCCUUAUCACACAAGUGCCAUCCUUGCAUCUGCCUUGGACACCCUCACUUUGAGCUACCGCAAGCGUCAAGGGGAGGUGGCAAGGCUCACAGACCUAUGCAGUUGCUUGAGUCGUGUGGGUCGAAAAGCAGCUGCUGCAAGUGUGGGUCUGCCUUUCACUAUGCCUGCUGAUUCCUUCCUUUUGGAUGUUUUGGAGAAGUGGGAAGGUCCAUUGUGGCAAAGCCUUACACCAAACUGCUCUUUAAAUGAGGAUCGCAUUUGGAUCCAGUCAAUAGUGCUGCGGGGUAUCACUCAAGAUAAGCUAAUAAGCUCCAGCCACAAUUAUAGAGAUUGGAAUCCAGCGUAUAGAUGUACAACUGUACAGGAAAUGCUUUCUCUCUUUCUCUCCUGUUGUUCAUAUGCAACUGCAUCGCUGGCACAUACUGCUGACUUUCCAUGCAAAGUCAGCCCUCCAUUUCCAAACCUGUUUUCUGAUAAUAUAUUGCAAGAUGGAACUGUUAGCAAUGUUUCAAGACCAAAAAACUGUGGGGUAAAAUCUGUUCCUGUUAUUGCUGGCUUGCAUAGUAGUAGGAGUGUGGGCGAUAUGUUGGAAAGUUUGCAUUCUCAAGUGAAGAAAUUGAAAUUACGUCAGUUUCACCAAUUCGGAAACUCGGGGCUUGAAAAUGAUGAAUAUUCAGCCAAUUUAGAUCAGUUGCUGGACUUGCGAGAAUGCUAUCACGAGGAAUUCAAUGUGUGAAAACUAAUGUUCUUUCACAUUCAGUUUUAUUGUUGAUCUUCCUGAAACAAAAAUUUACCUCAGACCUUUUUCUUUCAAUCUACAUUUUUAUUAUGGAAACCCUGUAAUUUUAGUGUCAUUACAAUUUUGGAUAUUGUACUGUCAGAGAAUUCUAAAUUCUAAUGGAUAAUUUGGCUUAACAUUUAAGCUUUUGAAACAAAUUGACUUGCUCUUAAAUGAAGGGAAUUUGUUAUUGGUACUGUGCUGCAAGUUUAGAAAUUAUGAUUUUAUGGAAUAUAUUAUCAUCAGUGGUUGUGAAAUGUAUGCUUUACUAAACUUGGUUGACAAUUGUGAUUCAAUAGACUCGAUGUUUUUUCAAGAUUCUUGCAUAAUUAAUUUCUUUCCAAUGAAAUGUUUUCAAUUUCACAAUGAUAAUUUAUUACUUAAAGUAUUACUUUCUGUAUUUGAAUCCAGAAUAAUGUAUUUAUAAUAUUUUAAUAUUUACUUUAGUAGAUGAGUUGUUAAGGAGGUCAUCCAUAAAUUACAAAAUGUGAAAUUGGAGUAGUUUGAAUACCACUUAACUCACUGUAACGCAAUAAUUACAUAACGCUGGCAACAAUGCCCUUCUUUUAGUGUAAUUAAAAAUGUUUAAACAAUUUAAAAAUCACAAAAAGAGAUGGAAAAAACACAUUUGCAGGAUGGAGAGUUAGACUAAAAAAAAAAAACCUUUCUGGAAAUAUAAACCAUUUCGAAACAGAGACACUGCUGGGAUUGGAUGGAACUGGACACUGAAACCUUUAACGAGAUGGAAAAAUCAGGAACACUUAGAAGAUGAAUCUUCUUGGUCUACUGAAAUAACACAAAAAGGGACAGGAUCAUUCCUAAAGGUCUGGAGUUCAUUAUGAUGAUGAUGAUUGAUGAUUAUUAUUAUUAUUAUUAUUAUUAUUAUUAUUAUUAUUGUUAAAGCCUAAAUUAGUUGGCAAUGUAGACUGCACCUAACAAAAAGAUAUAGGUAAAUUAAAUUUACAAAAUAACUUCAAUUGUGUACUACAUUGUCUCUAUCGCAAGAUAGUGCUUCAGUUGAUACUAAGAGAUUAGUUCAGUUGAUACUAAGAGAUUAUAUUGAUUAAACAUGUGAAAUAAAUAGAUAAUAUAGUUCCAUUCAACGAAAGAAAGUCAAUGACAUUAUCUUGUCAAUACAGUACCUGAGUGUGUAUGUAUAUUUAACGCCUAUCUAGGCAGGCAGUGUUGACAUGUGUGUUUCAACAAUGUUCUAUGCUUUCCCUUUUGCUUAGUUAAUAUUCUAAUAAUUUGAAUCUUUGUAGCUAAAAUCUCUCUUCUAAAGGAAAAUGAAAUGCUCCACAAAGCGUUUUUUGCUCUGUAACCUGAAAUGGCAUUAGAAUCUAAUAAACUCUGCAACUACAUUACAUCUCUUAAUGCCAGAUGUAUAUUCUAUUACCUCCCAACAAAUAAAUAACAAUUUCUGUUAAUGAUUAGUUAAUCUGUUGCAUCAAAUUCAUGGUCCCCAUCCCUUAUUUUGUUCCAAUAGAACUUAAAUUGUCCUCCGAGAACUGCUUGUCCAAAUAUAUUAUUCUAAACCCAAAUAAAUAUUUUCAUCGCUGAUUUUUUUACCCCCGCCACCCAACUAAACAUCACAUGCAGGUGCUGCAAAAGAAGGAAAACUGUCAUUAAAAAGCAGACAUAAAAAAACUAUUUAGUUUGCAAUACAAAGUAUUAUAGUGAAAGAUAUCCACACUAUCCAACAAACUCUGGUUAUGCAGAUAAAGAUUUAAAGAUGUAUUGAUGUCAACACACACACGCACACACA